CAACUUUCCUUGUUUUUCCUCAGGUUCAUUACAGUCGGCACAACAUGAGUUAUUAAUAAGUUUUCUCAGCUUAAUUCAAUAUGGCUUAUAGAAAUGUUUUGAAUUUUUUGUUCUCCUUAGCUAUUAUAUAUUUGACUUUCAGUUUCAUGCCAAGUGUAUGUGAUAUCUUCGUCAAAUUUUCCGUUGUCAUACUUGCAAUUAAAUUGGCGGAAUGGAUAAUGACCACAUCUCGAAAAUAUUUUUUUUACGAUAAAAUAUCCUGCAAAAAUAAAGCCAUCUUUAUUACUGGUUGUGAUUCGGGAUUCGGACAUGCUCUGGCAAUGCGGAUGAAUAGACUAGGAUACCGAGUUUUUGCGGGUUGUCUUUUCCCAAAUGGUGAGGGCGCUAAGAUGUUAGCUAACAAUUGUUCUUUUAAGCUUCUUGUGGUUCCACUGGAUGUAACUGACGAUAGAAGUGUCGACUCUGCAAAAGAUUUCGUCAUGAAGAACCUUGGAAAUGAUGUGUUAUGGGCCAUCGUGAAUAAUGCAGGUGUGGGCCAGGCAGCAUUAAUUGACUGGACGCCCAUUUCAGAGUUGGAGAAAAUUUUUGCCGUCAACACAUUCGGAGUUGUACGAGUUACGAAAACUUUUUUGCCUUUCUUAAAGAAAUCGAGAGGACGCGUUGUUAAUGUAACAAGCUUUGCUGGUCAAGUAUGCAGUCCUGGAUAUGUGGGUUACUGUAUGAGUAAAAGUGCUGCAGUAUCUUUUACCUCCGGUCUGCGCAUGGAAAUGGCUAUCUGGGGAAUUAAAGUGAUAAGUAUCGAGCCUUUCUUUUAUGCCACACCAAUUACCAAAAGGGAAACAACUAUUGAUUUGAUAGAAAAAGCAUGGGCUAAAAACCCACUUAAUGUUCAAGAAGAGUAUGGGGAAGAGUAUAAAGAAAAUUUGAAAAACAAGUGCAUUCGUCUAUUAGCGGCAUCCAACCCUGAAAUAGACGAAGUCGUGACCUGCUUAGAAGACGCUAUUAUCGCUGAAGAACCUUUAGCAGCAUAUUUCCCUUGCCAUUUCUUACACAAAAUCAUGAUCGCACUCUUUCGUGCGUUUCCAAUGGUAGCGGCUGAAACUUUAAUGAAGGCUUGCCUUAAUCGAAGAAAUAAACCAUUAGCUUUGAGGAACUAUGGAAAAGAAUCAAUGAUUAGAUCUGCUAAAGGAAAUGAUGGACCUACUCCAAAUGGACAUCAUAAAGAAGAAUAACAUUGCUACUUCUACUCUGUAAUUCACAGAGAGACAUAAUACGUAUACUGAAGCACAAAUCAAACAGUUCAGUAAAAAGCUGACAUGUGAAAAUGUAUUGUACGAUUUUCAGAAAUCAAUUUAGAAAGGCAUUAGAAUUUCUAAAUGCAACUUUUCUUUUGACGUGCUGGUUUCCAUAAAAAAGUACUAUUAUAUGCUGAGA